AUGAUGAGAAGCCUGAGAAGUUCAAAGGAAUUGACUUCAAGAGAUGGCAACAGAAGAUGUUUCUAUCUCACAACCAUGAAUCUGGCACAUGUUGUCGAAGAGGAGGCUCCCAAAUCAGCAGAAAAUCCAAUGUCUAAGGAGACAAUGAUGACCAUUGAGGCUUGGAAACAAUCUGAUUUCUUGUGCAGAAACUACAUCCUUAACAUGCUUAAUGAUACUCUUUAUGACAUUUAUUCAUCAUACAAUUAUGCAAAGGAAGUUUCAGAAUUACUUGAGAAAAAAUACAUAACAGAAGAUGCUGGUGCCAAAAAGUUCGUUGAGGAACUUCAAAUUCUGAUCCAUGAUUUGCUUGCAAAGGGGUGUUCUAUUAAUGAACACUUCCAAGUUGGAGCAAUCACAGAGAAACUGCCUCCAUCAUGGAAAGACUUCAAAAUUUACUUGAAGCAUAAGCGCAAAGAGAUGUCUAUGAAGGAUCUAAUUUUGAGGCUUCGAGUUGAGGAGGAUCACAAGAAAGGUGACAAGGGUGAAGUGCCUGUCAUGGAAGCCAAAGCCACUGUCGUUGAGACAUCAAAGCCAAAGUUCCAAAAAAACAAGGGCAAGCAAAGAAUUAUGCCAAUCUUCAUGCACCAAAAGGUAAGGAUUUUAAUAAAAUCAAAGGCGCUUGCUAGGUAUGUGGAAAAUCAAGGCAUAAAACACAAGAUUGUCGCCACCGAAGAGACCAAAAUCCAACCAAUCCUCAAACCAAUGUGA